AUGCCUUUUGUCGAAUCACCUGGUGUGUACGCCUGGAGCGCAGGCAUUACCUUGAACACCUACAUCAUGCAGCACUUAUGGUUGGAGAACUUGAUGGACAUCCACUUGUACCAGGCCAAUGUUCUCCCAUUGACCGAAACCCCUAAUGCCUACUUUGUUCGCCGUGACAGGUUCGACAGACAAAGAAAAGUCAACGUUUUCGCGGGAGACGGCACGAAGGUAUACACCAUCGAGAGAAAGUCGGCCUUGAAUCCCGUGUGGAUGAUGUACACCUUUCCCCAGAGAAGAGAGGUGGCCACCAUUCGCGCUGGGCUCUUUAUGAGAGCCGUAGAUUGGCACAAUAAGGCUGGCUUAGAGCACAGAGCGAUCACCAACGACUCUGGCCUUGCCGGUAGAUACAGGAGCUUCUACUUGAGCGAUGGGGCCAAGUACUCCUGGACCCGCGGGACCAAAUGCUUGGAGAAGGUUAUCAAUCCAAACGGUGGCACCGAGGAGAUGAGAUCUCGAAUCGCCAAGGUUAAGUUGUUGCGUCAGUUCAAGAUGGACUUUGAGGUUUUGGUGGACGAGGCUCAGAUUGACAGGGAGGUGGUGUUAGCCACCGCUUUCAUCUCCAUGUUGACCCAAUGGGGCUACGGUGACAUUACCGAGACCACUGGUCCGACCUUUGUGGGAGGGUCCAAGCAGCUCGCGGGAGCUACCCCCGAAGCGGUCUCGCUCGCUGUUGCUGCCCCAGAGCCAGCUAAGGUUGUGUUGGUCAUCGAAGGGGGGGAUGCCGAUACUGAGUACACUAUCGAGCCAGUGUUGAGGACCGCUACAGGUUCUGCUCCGGUGACUGCUGUUUCCUAG